CGGGUCGCUUUCGAUUCUCGUCGAUUUGUAUGUAUAUUUUUUUCUUAGUAAAGAGUUGCCUUUUCCCCUCUAAAAUUGGCUCCCGUCCAAACCGCCGCGUUGGAUCCGUCGGCGUACUGCGAGACUCCGGUGUACAACCCGGAUCUCUGCCCAAACAUGAUCGCCGCACAGGCCAAGCUGGUGUACCACCUCAACAAGUACUACAACGAGAAGUGCCAGUCGCGCAAGGCGGCCGUGUCCAAGACCAUCCGCGAGGUGUGCAAGGUGGUGUCGGACGUUCUGAAGGAGGUGGAGGUGCAGGAGCCGCGCUUCAUCAGCUCGCUGAGCGAGAUGGACAACCGCUUCGAGGGCCUGGAGGUCAUCUCGCCCAGCGAGUUCGAGGUGGUGCUCUACCUCAACCAGAUGGGCGUCUUCAACUUCGUGGACGACGGCUCGCUGCCCGGCUGCGCGGUGCUCAAGCUGAGCGACGGCCGCAAGAGGAGCAUGUCCCUGUGGGUGGAGUUCAUCACCGCCUCGGGCUACCUGUCGGCGCGUAAGAUCCGCUCGCGCUUCCAGACGCUGGUGGCGCAGGCGGUGGACAAGUGCAGCUACCGCGACGUGGUCAAGAUGGUGGCGGACACCAGCGAGGUCAAGCUGCGCAUCCGCGACCGCUACGUGGUGCAGAUCACGCCCGCCUUCAAGUGCACCGGCAUCUGGCCGCGCAGCGCCGCGCACUGGCCGCUGCCGCACAUCCCCUGGCCGGGGCCCAACCGCGUGGCCGAGGUCAAGGCGGAGGGCUUCAACCUGCUCUCCAAGGAGUGCUACUCGCUCAACGGCAAGCAGAGCUCGGCCGAGAGCGACGCCUGGGUGCUGCAGUUCGCCGAGGCCGAGAACCGGCUGCUGCUGGGCGGCUGCCGCAAGAAGUGCCUGUCGGUGCUCAAGGCGCUGCGCGACCGCCACCUGGAGCUGCCCGGCCAGCCGCUCAACAACUACCACAUGAAGACGCUGGUCUCCUACGAGUGCGAGAAGCACCCGCGCGAGUCCGACUGGGACGAGAACUGCUUGGGGGACCGCCUGAACGGGAUUCUAUUGCAGCUCAUCUCCUGCCUGCAGUGCCGCCGCUGCCCGCACUACUUCCUGCCCAACCUCGACCUCUUCCAGGGCAAGCCGCACUCGGCGCUGGAGAACGCCGCCAAGCAGACGUGGCGCCUGGCCAGGGAGAUCCUCACCAACCCCAAGAGCUUGGAGAAACUCUGAGGUAACCGCCACCCCCAUCCCCCCGAACCCCUCGCACUAUAGCCCUUUCCUUUUUUGAGGAUAUUUUCCCACCUUUUACGCACCUAACUGGAGGAACGCAACUCCCUUUUCCUAACGACAACAACAACAACAACAACAAAAGCUUUCAUAACUCCAACAAACCUUUGACGAGACUUGAAACGCGCGUGUACAUUUGAUACUGUAAAUGUGUUGAUAGGGUUGUGAGUUUGUCAAUGUUCCUGGGGCUCCCCCCACCCCUUCAUCCGUUAGAAAAAAAAACCCAAAUUAAUUUAUCUACAAUCUGUCCUUUCUUUCUUCUUUUGCAAAGUUUACAUUUGAGUGUAAAGCAUCUGUUAAAGAAACAUUCCAUCGAUUUACUUGAAUUUUUAAUUUAACUAACAUUUGUUUUUAAA